AUGCUGCGCAUUUGGCUGCUGUUGGCAUUCAAGUUACACGGUGUUGCUACGAGUCGGCAGAUAAUUGGACCAAACGAUGCUUUUUUAAGCAGAACCCUUCACUCUGACCCGCUUCAAGAUGAAGCUUAUUUUUCGCCAUGGUCCGAAAAUAUGCGGUACCUGUCUGCGAAUUGGCAAGUCAGCCGGCGAACACCACUUUCCAAUUUCAUCGUUCGUCACGUUUCGCCGGAGUCGCUCGUUCACAGCGUUGUACCAUGCCCUCAUUUACGCUGCAAGGCUUUGCAGACGAAUAAACAACCGGGAAAUUCCCAGACGCCGUCGAGGCGUCAGAAGCCACUGCUUUUCCGGCAAGGACUUACAGUGCCACCGUCUUUUCUACAUCCGGCAUGCAAUCCGCAGGCCCCGUUUUGCGCAGGCGUUAACUACGCUUCAAACGUCGUUGGCAAUAAUGAACUGGCCAGGAAGACCGACGGAUCGAACUAUAUUAGUUUUGCCGCACUCACGAUCAAUGUUAUUAACCCACCGGAAAGCUUGUUUGAUCCGCAACUCCACGUCAACAGCCGGCAAGGAUUCAUAGAAAGCGACUUGCCUGUUGGAGCCGCACUGCGCACUGGUCAAGCUUCACACACAGCGCCUGUGAAAGUCAUUGUCACCGACCAAGAUCUGAAACCCGGCAUGCCCCCUGCUACAUAUCAGUAUAUCCUCUCCGGAUCAGCAGCCGCUUAUUUCGACAUAAACCAAAAAGGAGAGGUGGUUCUCAACAGCAAAGACAUUAGGCAAGCAAAGCAAGCUCAGUUGAACUUAACGGUACAGAAGAUAGACGAAACCGCAAUCAUAUCAUACGUUGAAUUACAGGUGAUGGCAAAAGAAACGGACACUACCCCGGUUCGCACCAGCAGACCAGAAUCGUUGAGCAUCAAUGUCUUGAAAGCCGUGGAUCAUUCGUUGGAAUUUUCAAGCCCAACCUACAACAUUAUCGCACAGCCGUUUGUUCCACAGCAGCAGCUUAUCCAGGUACUGAAUACGCAAGAUUAUUAA